GAAGGGUUAAUGCCAGGGCCAGGGUGGGGCCUGGAGGAGGCUGGGCCAGAGCUCGGGACAGAGGCAGCCCAGACCUGCCGGAACUGGGCCUUGCCAUGGCACGUGAAUACUUCACCCACAAGGGGUUGCUGUUCCCAUGUCUGAAUUACUCCCCCGAGGCGCUGAGCUACGUGGAGAAUGAAUUCCAGGUGCGGGACGAUGACAUCUUCAAUGUCACCUACCCCAAGUCAGGCACUAACUGGAUGCUGGAGAUUCUGAGUCUGAUCCAUUGUGACGGGGACCCCGGCUGGGUGCGCAGCGUGCUGAACUGGGAGCGGUCGCCCUGGGUGGACAAUCAGAAUGGGCUGAAGGCUGCCCUGAAAUACCCCCCACCCCGGCUGCUUUGCUCCCAUCUCCCCGUGCAGCUCUUCCCCAAGUCCCUGCAGCGCUCCAAGGCCAAAAUCAUCUACACCCUGCGCUGCCCCAAGGACGUCCUGGUCUCGCUCUACCACUUCUCCAAGCUGCUGCGCCUGUUCAAGGACCCUGGCUCACUGGACUCCUUCCUCGAGGACUUCCUGAGCGGGAAUGUGGCCUAUGGCUCCUGGUUCGACCACGUCACCGGCUGGAUGGGGCUGAAGGGGAACGAGAACUUCUUCCCCAUCACCUACGAGGAGCUGCAGCAGGAUCCAUUGGGCAGCGUGCGGAGAAUCUGCCACUUCCUGGGGAAGGAGCUGAGUGAGGAGCAAGUGGCCGCUGUGGUGGAGAACGCCUCCUUCCAGAGCAUGAAGGGGAACAAAAUGUCCAACUUCUCCCAGGUGGAGGACCAGUACAUGGACCACCAGAAGGGGGAGUUCUUGAGGAAAGGGAUCUGCGGCGACUGGAGGAACCAUCUCUCGGAGGCGCAGAGCCAACGAUUCGACACCGUUUACCGGGAGCGGAUGCAGGGUCUGGCCAUGACCUUCCCCUGGGACUGACGGCCCUGCGCCCGCCACGUCUGUGCCCGCAAGACACCAGCCCCGCGCCACCCACGUGCUGCUGUGCUUAGUGUGCCCUGGGAGAUGCCCCCUGGGGCAGCGUCAUUAGUGCAUCUGCAAUAGGCAGAGCCGGCUGGGCCUGUGUCCAGCAGAGGCCAGUGCGCACACGGCAGGGCUCAUCUGAGGUGUAUUUAAAGAGAGCAUGGCAUGGGAGUUGAGCCUCGGUGCGUCAAGGAGCAGCCUGCUCUGUCUCUCUCUAGUUUGGGUUCCUGUGCGUCAGGCCUCUGGAUUCUAAGAAAUAAAACCAGGUGACGUGGCAA